AUGUCGAGUGGCCUCUCUGCGUGGUUUGAGAAGAAGGGGGCAGUCAACCCGUCCUGGAAGAAAAGGUGGUUUGACUUGAAGGGCAACUGCAUCGAGUAUCGCAAGUCGCCCAGCGAUGCACUUCCACGCGGCGUAAUCAACCUGUCCAAUGCAAGACUGGAACCACUCGCCCCAGAGGACAACAACUGGCAGGAUCGCCUUGCCAUUCACACAGCCGGCGGACGCACAUACAUGAUCAGAGCCAAGCUUGCCUUGCUCAAGGAGUGGAUCCCAGCGAUUCAAGAUCGCAUCAACGCCAUCAGCAGCCGCAACGAUGAGGCACCCGUACCGCGUGCCACUGCAUCUUCCAGCAUAUCAGAGGUGAGCAAGCUGUCGCUUGAGGAGGCGCGGGAAGUUGCAUCCAAUCUGCGCCCACCAGCCCUGCUCGACGGCUUUAUGGAGAAGAAGGGCGAACAGCGGAAAAACUGGAAGGUGCGGUGGUUUGAGCUGCGUGAAUCUCGCCUCGACUACUUCAAACACCCGGCAGACAGCGCCCCAAAAGGGUCGAUUAUGCUUCGUGACAGCGCAGUUGCUGUCAACACAGACACAAGCGAAAGCACCAGCACUGCGCAGGGCCUCGUCUUCCUCGAAAUCUCCCCCGUCUCAUCCUCACGCACAUACAGGCUGCGUGGUCCGCGUGCUGUGAUGGAACAGUGGGAGAAGGAGCUUCGCCGCUGCAUCAGCGCCCUCAAGCACCGCAAGUCCAAGUAUCGCGCCGGUCCCAUGAUCCAGGACGGCGUGGGCCUGUCUGCUGAUGAACUGCGCGCACCGGAAGCAGCGUCCUCCGCGUCGUCUGCAGCGCAAAGGGGCGGGGCACGGCGAGCACCGGGCCCGCUGAUUGCAGACGGCAAGGUUGUGGAUCUCCCUGAUGGUGGGCAGACUCGGCAGGUGCAGGUGGUGGCAGACGACAGGACGCACAUGAUUCGGGAGCGCGAGGCUGCCGUGAAGGACAUGCACGAGACAAUGCAGACAGUCAACUCCAUGAUGCAGGACAUGGCUGCGCUGGUCAGUGAUCAGGGCGACCAGCUUGAUGCAAUUGAGCAGAGCGCAAACGCCAUGGGGGAUUACGUGGAUGCCGGUGUGGGCGAGCUCAGAGAGGCACUCAGACGCACGUGA